AUGGAUCCCCGAUCGCACCCUUCACGGCCUCCGUCAACCAGCUCGACCCCCAUCUCGAGUAUGCCGAUGCCUCAGUACCCGAUGCAGCCUCAGUACCCGGUGUCGCAGCCGCACACGCUGCCUCCUCUCCAGCCUCAUCACACCCAAUCGCCCGCGCCGCACCCCUACAUGAGCCAGCCUUACCGGCCGGACUUGGGUCGCUACCCGACCUCGACACACGACGUGUACGGAGGUUCGACGGCUCCCAUCAUGCCGCACACGACUGUCGGUAGCCAGCCGCCGUCAUACAUGUCGCAUCCUACCCACUCCCCCCAGACUCACCAGUCUUAUCCCCCGCCCCCGAGCGGGUUGCCUCCCACGUCGAGCGCGCAAAGCUACCCUCAGCCCAUCGCUCCCGCUCCCCCGCGUGACCGCCGCGACUUCAACGGCCUCCCCUCUGGUGCUUUCAGCUACUCCGACGGCAAGUCCUGGGGCAUGGGCCCUGAUGUGAACGGUGCCAACGGCUCUCCCUACGGUGCUAAGGAACCGCCACGCACACAGGUCGUGGGCUCUCAGGGCCGUCGUGGCAUUCUGCCGAGCGUUCCGGGCCGCGCGACCCCGGUUACCAAUGGUGUCAAUGGCACUGCGAAGAGCACUACCAUCCCCGCCAAAGAUGCCGAUGGCAAAUUUCCCUGCCCGCACUGUAACAAGACCUAUCUCCACGCGAAGCACCUGAAGCGUCAUCUUCUGCGACACACCGGUGACCGCCCCUACAUGUGUGUUCUCUGCAAGGAUACCUUCUCCCGCAGUGACAUCUUGAAGCGCCACUUCCAGAAGUGCUCAAUCCGCCGGGGUAACCCUACGGGCGCGACCCACUUGUCCCACCCUCAGGCCCAUCUGAAGCGCUCUCAACAGGCGGCUGCGGCUGCUGCCGCUGCCAACCCCGCUAAGCCUAUUGAUGAAGUCAGUAAUCCCGUUCCUGCCCAGGCUUCCAACGGUGUGAUGGGUGCGCAAUUCGGCGAUGGGGCCGUGAAUGGCAAUGGGAUGGCCCAUGGUCGUCCCGGCUACGCGGAGCAGCAGCCUCUCGGUUUCACGAUGCAGUCCGUUAACGGCAUGAACCGUCCCGGUGACGACUUCAACGGACAUGCGUCGCGAGCCUCGUGGAUGGCGCCCAAGCAGAAUCCGUACCUCAUGCACCAUGGUGGUGACGGCCAUGCGCAGCAACUGAGUGUUGAUCGUCCUCUUGAACAGGUAAAGCCCCUCAUUGACCCUAAACAUCCGGUCAUGCCCGGUCCCCAUUCCAAUCAGCCCGGUGUUGACUGGACCUCGAUGUUUCAGCACGGUGCCUCCGAUGGCUACAUGAAUCCCGUUUUCCCUCACUCCAUGGCCGCGGGUCAAGAGUCCAUCCACGCCCCCGUCGACGGCGACCGCAAGUUCUACCCUGCAACGACCGCGGGCGGCCACGAGAACGGUAUGAACGGUCUUUACCUGGCUUCUACUAUGAGCGGUGACGGGACCGUUCAGCCCGCGAGACAGUAA